AUGAUUAAUGAUAUCCGUCCUGUUCAAGCCUCAAACUUAAUUGUUAAAUUUGCAGAUGACAUAAAUCUAGGGAUUAAGGUCACUGAUGAUAGUGACGCUUCUUAUAUGGAAACAAACAAUAUUAUCAACUGGGCGGAAACAAAUCGCAUGAAACUUAACUAUAAAAAGACGUGGGAGAUGGUCAUUCGCGGCAAGAUAACCCGGCCACUUCCUGCGCCUUUGCCUAUGAUUGUUCGUAAAAGUUGGUUGAAGAUACUUGGUGUAACGUUUCAAGAGAAUCCUUCCAUGUGGGACAUGCAUCUAGAUGAAUUAAUGAGUGAAGCCUGUAGCAGAAU